AUGGCUCUAAAUAUUGUUGGACGUCUUGCUGCACGGGCUUCGACUAGCAGCUACUCCUACUUGGGUCAACGAUGUCUAGCUACCGCUGCUGCCGGAAAGAUGACUGUAAGAGAGGCAUUAUGUACAGCAAUGGAGGAAGAAAUAAAACGAGAUGAAAGAGUGUUCUUGAUCGGGGAAGAAGUUGCGCAGUAUGAUGGAGCAUAUAAGGUGUCGAAAGGUCUUUGGAAGAAGUUCGGUGAUAAAAGGGUUUGGGAUACUCCAAUUACUGAAAUGGGUUUUGCUGGUUUGGCCGUCGGUGCUGCUAUGGGUGGUUUGCGUCCUAUAUGCGAAUUUAUGACUUUUAAUUUUUCAAUGCAAGCUAUUGAUCAAAUUGUUAAUAGUGCUGCGAAAACAUUCUAUAUGUCUGCAGGCAGAGUUAAUGUACCAAUAGUUUUCCGCGGAACUAAUGGACCGGCUGCAGGUGUUGCUGCUCAACAUAGUCAGGAUUAUUCUUCGUGGUACUCUCACUGCCCAGGUUUGAAGGUCUUGACUUGCUAUGAUUCUGAAGAUGCGAAAGGUUUAUUGAAAGCAGCAAUUCGUGAUGAUAAUCCUGUUGUUCUGUUGGAGAAUGAGCUAUUAUACGGUACUGAAUUCCCAAUGUCAGCGGAAGCCAUGUCAGAUGAGUUUGUGAUUCCCAUUGGGAAAGCAAAAAUACAACGGCCGGGUGACAAAGCUACUGUAGUUGCUUAUUGUAAGGGAGUGCAAUUGGCUUUAGAAGCUGCUGAACAGCUAGCUAAAGAGGGCAUUGAUAUCGAAGUUAUCAACCUGCGUACGCUGCGUCCUUUGGAUAUAGAAACAGUUAAAAAUUCAGUUGCUAAAACUCAUCAUUUAAUUACUGUUGACGGUGGUUGGCCACAGAACAAUAUUGGUGCAGAAGUUUGCGCACAGGUGAUGGAAUCAGAGGCUUUCGACUACUUGGAUGCUCCAGCUGCUCGAGUUACAGGUGUGGACGUGCCGAUUUUGUGUCGGUGUAACAGUAGUUCAAAUAGGUCGUUAAAUAUUGAAAAAUUGUCAAAGGGUUUUGUUUAG